AUGAAUUUACAAGACUUCCUAGCCAUGGAGGAAAGCCGCGACCGCGACGAGCUAAUUGACCUCCGCAGCCUUGAUCUCGUCUCCGAAUACGACUCGCAUCUGAUGUGCCCGAUCUGCCACUGUCCUUUCGUUGAACCUGUUCGUCUACAAUGCGACCAUGUGUUCUGCGGAAGUUGCCUCAGUUCGGCUAUCACCGCAUUCCGCUCGGCCGACUCAGACGAGUUUCCGUGUCCUUCUUGCCGAAAUCCCACCCAGAUGGUGUCAGCUAGCGUGCCCCGCCUGCUUAUCAACAUGUGCGACGAGAUCCGAGUGCGAUGCCCAUUGAUAACGGAGGGCUGUCAAGAGAUAAUACCCCGAGGCCAUGUCCAGUCGCAUGUGGAGAAGUACUGUGGGUACCGGCUAUUGCCGUGUCCGGAUGAUUUAUGCGAUCAUAUGACACGAAGUAAGGAUGUUGGGAUGGACCAGAAGUGUAUUCAUAGAGUGCGGCGGUGCUCUCAUUGCGAGGAAGAUGUCCUAGAGCAUGAAUACGAGGAGCAUGAGAAAGAGCUUUGUCCAGUUCUUGAGGUCACAUGUGUCGACUGCGAGACAGUGGUCACUAGAGCGGCCUUGCGGGAGCAUAUUGAAUCAUGUCCAGAGGUUGCAAUUCCCUGCACAGCAUCCAAAUACGCAUGUCCAGUUAAGAUCCGACGAGCAGAUAUUGCAGCACAUGAGCAAAACUGCCCUAUAGUCGCAAUGGGCCCAUACUUUGAAACGCAAAAUACCCGCCUCAAGUCCCUCGAAUCAAGUAUGCGACAUCUACAGCAGCGGAAUGAGAUAUUCGAAGACGGGCUUGCAAACAUCCGGUCUACUCUUAUCGAAUCCACACGUUUGGGUUCGGGCAGUAAUAGCAGCGGACAAUCUACCCAGUCUGACCGAGAACAACAAUCCUCCGCUCGCGUGGACGUUCACACAGAUGAUCCUGCAGAUAUCGCUGCGAGUGUAUUUUCAUCCAAUGCUACGACCUAUCUACUCUCGCUGCACGAAUCUCUCCGAGAAGAGGUCAGCCAACUUUCGCAUGCUAUCACAGAUCUAGAUGCUCGCGCCAGCAUGGCUAUCAUGAAUGAAUCCAUGCGCAUCAAGGAGGACAUGGCCCAUACGAAUGCGGCAGUCAACAGCGUUCGCAUGCAGGUCCAAUGGCUUAUGGACCCUCGUCUUCACCAGGGGACGCGGGGAGGGGCUGUUCGCACCAACUCUGCGGAGAAUGAAGGAACGCGGACGCAAUUGGCAUCUUCGGUGGCUGGGCCGAGCCAUACUGUUGGUCAGUCCCUAGGGCCCAUUCGGCCUAGGCGUCCCAGUGACAGUGGACGGGAGGGAACAAAGCUGUGA